AUGAUGGAUGAAGAUGCCAACAGGAACUAUAGGGAAUCUACAACUCAGAUGAAUGAUCAGGACGAUGACGAUGGGGAAAAUCCUCUGGAUCUUCUUGCCGCAGACGGAUUAGAAGAUUCUGAUCUGGAGGAUGAUGAAGUCGCUGCGCCCUUAUUAGCUGUAGGAAAACGGAGGCAGGAGUUACAAGUAGUUUGCAUGCAAGAAGUCCGUCGUAAGGCCGAAGAGCAAAGAAAAUAUCUGUUGGAGAGAAGGAAACAAGAAGACGAACAAAAAAGGCUCCAGCAGGCCGAGGAACAUUUCAAGCGUGUGAAAGACCAGUGUAAGAGUAGCAGCAACCCUUCCAGGCGAAGGGAUAGGCCUGCAAUCGAUGACGAAGAGGGUGGGUAUAGUGAGAAGAGGAGAAGAAAAGGUGGGAAGGGGAGAAGGAAUGAUAAGAACAAAUCGCGUUACGAGAGAGACGAUGACAUGAUGGAUGAAGAUGCCAACAUGAACUAUAGGGAAUCUACAACUCAGAUGAAUGAUCAGGACGAUGACGAUGGGGAAAAUCCUCAGGAUCUUCUUGCCGCGGCCAGAUUAGAAGAUUCUGAUUUGGAGGAUGAUGAAGUCGCUGCGCCCUCAUUAGCUGCAGGAAAACGGAGGCAGGCAUUAUCGUAA